AGAAGAGCCCUAAGAAAGACUUUUUGCAAGUCCCAAAACAAGGAUCAGGAAAGCAUCCCCGCAUAAGAGUUGAUGAAGAAAUGGGGAAGCAUCAGGAACCCCGUAGAAGGUACAGAGAUGAAGAGGAAAGCCAAGAGGAAUACGUGGAUGAUAACCAACAAGAGGUUCAAGAAUCUGAACAAGAAUCUAGUGAGGAGCCUCGUCCAAAGAGGCCAAAACACUCUCUUUUACCAUCAGAGAGCGAGUAUGAGUCUACAGAUGGCAACCCAGAGAAUGACUGCGACUGGUGAAAGCAAGACUUCUAUGAUCCAGUCACUUUGCCUUGAGAACACCAAAUUUGUAGGAAGUGAUUCCAACGUGUCAUCCACAAAAGGCUCAAAGUAAGAAGAAUAGUCAGGUGCUUGACUUGAAAAGAGAAGGCGCCACUCGAUUACUUAAAGAAGUAUAUGAAGAAAAAGGACAGGAAGCUCUUUAAGAAGGUUAGAGACCAUAUAAAAGUUGAAUCAAAUCCAAAGCUUCACUUUUGCCCAAUUGAAGGCUGACCAAAAGUUGUUGAAGGCAUUAAAGGCAAAAAGAAUACUCCCAAGUUUGUAACCUGAGCAAAUGGGCAUUCAUUUUGCAUUCUGUGCAAUCAGAUUAAGCAUAAAGGGAAGACUUGAGAGGAAGCUAAAAGCAAAUGGUCUUUUUAUGAUAAUCCAAAAACUAGGAGAUGUCCUCACUGUAAAACUAUUAUCCAAAUCACAAAAGUUGUAGAUGCUCAUGACCUUGAGUGCCAAGUCUGAGGAAAUAAAGUACCCGAACAGAAAAGGAAACAUCGAAGCACUCUUGGGAAUAUUCUCACCUAUGUAUUUCUCAUCUUUAUGACUCCUUUCUCUGCUGCAAAAUAAAGUUUACAAAAGCACUGGACUGAAGGACGACCUGAAACCCAAAGACGAAUAUGAUGACAGUGAUGAUGAAGAAGAAAAGAACAAAGAGAGAGAAGAAAGAGAAUCAAAAAUGCCUGUUAAAAUCCCACCUGGUCUCAAGAAAGCAGGCAAAAUUCUUCUAGUUGUCCUUACAAUCGUUGUAAUGAUCUUUGGAGGAGCAGUAAUCUUAGCACCAUGAGCUUAUUUUAUGAGGAUUAAAUCGCAUAUGGAGGAAACAGAAGAAAAGCUGUCUUUUAAAAAUCAAUUCGAUCUUGACAGUGAUGAAGAGGAAAGUGAUAGCGAGUAUACAUAA